AUGGUUUGCUCUCCUUCUAAUAUCAUUGUUGCUCCUGCUGCAACCAAUUAUGACGUCUUUCUUAGCUUUAAAGGGGAAGACACUCGCGACAGUUUCUCAAGUUAUCUUUAUGAAGCACUCUGUGAUGCAAACCUUCAAACUUUUAUGGAUCACAGGCUCCGCAAAGGAGACCAUAUCUCACCCCUUCUUUUGAAAACAAUAGAGGAAUCAGAAAUAUCUUUGAUUAUUUUUUCCAAAGAUUAUGCAUCUUCAACGUGUUGUUUGGACGAGCUUGUUCAUAUUAUGAACUGUAGGGAUAAAUACAAAAGAGUUGUCAUCCCUAUUUUCUAUGACAUAGAUCCAUCAAAUGUUCGCAAACAAAAUGGAAGUUUUGGAGAUGGAUUUGCUAAGAUUAAGCAGAGAUUUAGGCACAACCAAUAA